GGAAGGAUGCAAAGGGUAUGGACCCAGGGUUGCAGGGAGGCAAAGUGACUGCAAAGAAUUUUUCUAACACCCAACAAGGGCCAUUUUUAGAACAUUCUUCCUCGACAGCCCUUUCCAUUUUUUAUGCUUUAUUUUUAGGUGUGGGCCUAGGAAAUGGCUCUGAGAAGCUGCAGAGCAAAGCCUCCCCUCUCUGGCACUGCCUGGGGACGCCCCAUGGGAUUGAGGGAGAGGACUGGGCAGUCAGGCAAAGGUUAGGGGAGGAACGCGGAGGCAGGGGCCCGGAACGACUCCAGGAAAUGUUUGUAUUUCUCCACCAGGAGGGAUGACAAACAAGCAUUUUUAGAGCGUUCCAGGCAGCUUUGCAUGCUCUCCGAUACACAGUGAGUCUGAGCAGCAGAAGUAAAGCUGGAAAUCAAAAUUAUUCUGUGGCUGCACCCAAAAAACUCCUCCACAGUUUGGAUUUAUCGGGCCGGCCAGCUGCUCCCAAUUCUUGCACGGAAUGACGUGCCCUGCAGCUCUUCGCCAUGGGGAAUGCUUGGCCUCUCCGUGAGAUGGGCAGCUUGAGAUCCAGGUUCCAGGAAGAGGACUUCACUGGUUCUUUCAAUUCCUGCCUGAGGUUUCUGUUCUCCCCGCGGUGAGCCCAGCCACGUGGGUGGUACCUGCACCCCAGAGUAAUGACGUUGCAUCCAGCAUCCGGAUGAGUGGCAGCUUCAGAUUAGCAUCGGCGCCUUGGUGGGGUCUCCAGGGCCUGCUGGGCACACGGAGUUCUCGUUCUGCCUCCACCAUGGACAACAGGUCGUGCUGCCUCAUCGAAAGGGACCCCAUCUCCCAGGUGAUGCCGCCCCUGCUGAUUCUGGCCUUUGUGCUUGGCGCGCUGGGUAACGGGGUGGCCUUGUGCAGUUUCUGCUUCCACAUGAAGAUCUGGAAGCCAAGCACCAUCUACCUUUUCAACUUGGCUGUGGCUGACUUCCUCCUCAUGAUCUGCCUCCCCUUUCGGACAGACUACUACCACCGGCACCGCCACUGGGCUUUCGAGGACGUCCCCUGCCGGUUGGUGCUCUUCAUGCUGGCCAUGAACAGGGCUGGGAGCAUCGUCUUUCUGACAGUGGUGGCUGUGGACAGGUAUUUCAAAGUGGUCCACCCCCACCACAUGGUGAACACCAUCUCCAACCGUACGGCGGCGGGCAUCGUCGGUGCCCUGUGGACCCUGGUCAUUCUGGGCACGCUGUAUCUCUUGAUGGAGAACCAUCUGUGUGUGCAAGAGGCGGCCAUCUCUUGUGAGAGCUUCAUCAUGGAGUCGGCCAAUGGCUGGCACGACAUCAUGUUCCAGCUGGAGUUCUUUCUGCCCCUUGGUAUCAUCUUGUUUUGCUCCUUCAAGGUUGUCUGGAGCCUGAAGCAGAGGCAGCAGCUGGCCAGACAGACGCGGAUGAAGAGAGCCACCCGGUUCAUCAUGGUGGUGGCCCUUGUGUUCAUCACGUGCUACCUGCCCAGUGUGUCGGCCAGACUCUACUUCCUCUGGACAGUGCCCUCAAGCGCCUGCGAUCCGUCCAUCCAUGUGGCCCUGCACGUAACCCUCAGCUUCACCUACAUGAACAGCAUGCUCAACCCCUUGGUGUAUUAUUUUUCCAGUCCCUCGUUCCCCAAAUUCUACACCAAGUUCAAGCUCUGCAGUUUGAGACCCAAGAAUCUGCAACUCUCCAAGACACAGAAGCCAGAGGAGAAGCCAACGUCAAAGCUCUGUCGCAGGAGUUGCACCAGCGUGGCAAAUAGCUUCCAAAGCCAAGCCGAUGGUCAGUGGGGUCUCCAGAUGUGUUGAGUGGUACUAAAACAACCAAACAAACCAAGGGGGACAGAUUGGUGACUCAGAAAUAAUCCAUGCUGAGGGGUGGGGGCGCUUUGAAAAUGCCACCCUUUCUUAGCUACAUCCUCCCUGCUUUUUGGAAAUGAAAUUCAUGUUAUACCUUCCUGGAAGCUUCCAGCUAACUGAAGUGAGUCGAUUGCACUUAUAUGAUCUGAUAAGUGAUAAGGGAUAGCAUGGGCGUGUGAUGGGGUAUGUGUGUGUUGGGGGAGAAGGGUGAGUUACGAAUCACUUGCUCCUGUGUCAUUUUAAACAGCUGAAUAACUACACACGUGUUUAAACGGGUCAUGUCCUCUGUCCGUGGGAAUGAAUGAACUUAAUGUCUUAUCAGUAUUUCCUAUGCUCAGACCUUAAAUUGCUACUUGUCUCAGGCUAACUGAAACCUUUAGAUUGAGAUGGAAGGAUCCUGAUGAUUUUCAUCUUCUUGGGGGCCUCUCCCCCCAUUUCUCUGGAAUGGUUCUGACUUCCUGGCAUCCCAGGAAGAAGGACAGAAAAAUGAUCUGCUCUGACCUUCUAGCUCCACAUUUUUCUGCCAAGUCUUUGCAUUUCAAAGAAGGUGCUGACUGCUAUGUUUACCUGCCCUGAUUUUUCCAGAGCUAGCUGAGUGCUUGAAAAAAUCCAGUUAGCUUUUGGGAUGUGCUGAGUCCUGCUUAGUUGCUCUGGAUUGCUUGUUAUAGGACUGUGAGUCAAAAUUAUUAAAUCACCCAUUCUCCAAGCAUUUACUGAAUCCAUAGUCUGUGCCAGGCACUGUGCUGGUGUGUGUGUGACAAAAAAGGUUUUGCGGGGCAAAAAGAAAGAAGUUAAGGACCCCUGCCUUCUCACUGAACAGUUUCUAGACCUGUUCUCUGCAAACAUCAAUGUUUUAGUCUUAUUCUUGGCAGGACUCUGUACAAACACCAAAGAGUGGAAGGAACAAACCUCUCUUAGGCAUGUGAAUUUCCCAAAUAUGUUCCUGGGGCCCUCAAAACUGACCAGAUGAUCUAUGAAAUGAUGGGCUGCCCCACCCUGAAUUAAGGGAAAAGACUCCAAGCCCACCUGAGCACCAUUUUCAAACCACAAAGCGGUGAGAAUAGUUCUUGACUCCUCUCUUUCCAGUUUCUCCAAGGCCCAGGGUCCUCUCCACACUCAAAGACAUUGUUAGCCUUUAGUUCUUCGGCCUCAAAAUCCCCCUCUAGUCUGUCCCUAUCACUUCCUUUUUCAGAGGCACUGCACAGUCAAGCAAGUGAAACUACGAGCUGUCGAGAGUCAGAUAAAUCUAAGUCCGAAUCCAGCUCUACCACUUGUAGAUGUGUGAUCUUGGGGGCACAUUUUAUUCAAUUAAUUCUUAGUUUCCGUUUCCUCAUCUGUAAAAUGGUGGUAACAGUAGGGUCACUGGGAGGGUUGGGAGAAAGGAAGGUCUCAGAGCACAGGGACAUGGUUCCCUCUUAUGUCCCCAGGGCCUCGAACAGUGCCUGGCUCCUAGUAGUGUUCUAUCAUAUUUGCUGAAUGAACGGAAUGAGUGAAUAAGUGCAUGUAAAGCUUUGAGCACAUGAUCUAUGACUCCUCAUGGAUGACCUACCAUGUUAACACAUUUUACAUCUAAGAAACUGAGGCACAGAGGCCAUGUCCCUCCCUAUUCAGGCCCCUGAGGUUAUUGCCCCAUUACUGUCACCUGAGCCCCCAGCACCCCAGUUGCCAGGGGAAGGAUGAAGACAAGAACUCUUAUCAGUGUCAACGAAACACACAAUCUCCCGGGAGAAAUCUGUGAAAACCCACACUUCUGCUUUUAAGUCUAUUCUUGGAAAAAAUUCUUUCCGGGGUUGCUCCUUUGUUGUUUCAUCUUAAUAAAGAUGGGUUUGGAA